CGCUGCAGCCUCAGCCCUGGGGCUGGCCGCCUCCCGCCCUGCACACCUGGCAGGCGAGGGUGGCCCCCGGGACGGGCAGCCUUGCCAGCAUGGACAAGUCUGGGACCGCUUUCUGCUCAGCAGGGCCUAAAGAAUGGACCUCUCCCUGGGAGCUGGGCCAGGGGCCCCUGGAGUUGCUGCCAGGUGUGGGCUGGCCUGGGGGGCUGCCAGGAACAACGGAAGAUGAGUGGGUGGGCUAGACACCCUCAGCUCCCCCAACAUGCACACACACACUCUCUAACACAUGCUUCACGUGCCUGGCGGAUGCAAGUCAUACCCAGAACAAUGGCCCUGCUGACUAGUCUCUGGGCAGUUCAGCCUCCGUGCCCGCACCCCACCCCCUGCCACCACCUCCCCUGUUUACAUUCAUAGCAUCUGGGGGCAUCACCCGUCUGGACUCUGCCGGGCUCUGCCACUCGCUGCCUGAGGUGGGUAAGUACCAUGGCCUUGGAGCUGUAACCUGAGGCUGGGAUCGACCCGAAUGGGGGGAGGAGGAGUCCCCUUGCCUAAGACCCCCCCCAGGGGCUGGGGCUCCUCUGCCUCCAUAGCGCCUGGUGCAGACACCGCAUGUAGCCCCUUCCCCAGCACACAGCCGAGCCCUGCAGUCCCUGGGCUGCCUCCGAGCCUUAGCAGGGGCCUUUCCUGCCUGGCCGCCUCCCCAAACGCCUACUCCAGCAGCCUGCAGCCUCCGCCGCUCCGCUGCCCACCACAUCCCCUGGAGCGGCUGCUCACUCGCGCUUCCCUGUGGGUCGCUGGCUGGAGGCUGGCACUGUGAGAUGAGUCCCAAAUGAAUCUCGGUCACUCAGCUAAACUCUGCAGGCAGGCGGGUGGUGGUGGAGGAGUGGGGGAAUAACCUGGGGCCAUCCCUGCCCUCAGGAUGCCCAGGGGCGGUCCAGGAGGGGCCCCCACAGACCCACCCACCCCUGAUUCAGACAUGCCAGCCUGGCCUGCUUGAUCAGGAUGGGGGUAGAGUCCUGAGCUGGCGAGGACGAGAAGGAAGAAGCUGCUGGGAGGCCUGGCGAAAAGGGAAGGAGGCAUAGCUGGGCUGCAGGGGGUGGCGUCUGGUCACUGGGUGCCUUGCAGGGCCCGUCGGUGUCCUUCUCUCUGGUCCUGGGCGCUGCUUAGUGGUCACUCCCCCACCUCCCAGGGGAAACCUCUGCUGGCGCCAUCACCCCAGCAGCAGCCGCACGGAGACAGGACCCUGGAGAGCAGAGGGGCCCCCCUCCAAGGCCCCCGGCCACCAUGCACCAGCACUACACCGUCCACUUUGCCAAGGGUGCCCUGCCCCCCCGGAUCGCCGCCGAGCGCUGCUACUUGGACCCGGAGUUGGGGCACCGAAAAGGAUGCUGUCUGCAGGGGUGCCACGACCCAGCGGCACCUGGCACCCACAGGCCCGGUCGGCCGACCCCCCAGGCAUGCCGGCAGCCGGCCUACCACGGCCGCCAGGGGGGGCGCGGCGGCUGUCGCCGGGGCCCCCAGCCCCCGACCCAGCAGCAACAGCAGCAGAGGCGGCAGCCCCAGCCCCCGCCUCCCAAGCCCCCGCAGCAGCAUCUCUGCUCUGUUCACGGGGCCCAGAAGCGGCCACCUGCAACCACUGCUGCCUCCGCGCAGCCGGCCAGCGCCCCCCAGCCGCCCCCCACCUCACUCACCGUGGCCACCGGCGGCCCAGCCCUGCCCUCCGCAGCCGGCACCCUCCUGGAACCCAGCAGGCCCUCGGACGCCCGGCCCCUGCCCGCCCCCGCAGCCUGCGGCUGCUUCACCUCCUACAGCUCCGACAUCUUGACAGAGGAUGACGUCUACUGCAGCUGCCUGGCCAAGACUCUCUGCCACGUGCCCGUCCCGGUGACUGUGGGUUUCUAUGCCCCCUUUGGCUGCCGCCUGCACAUGAUGCUGGACAAGAUCACGGCGCUGAUGCAGCAAGAGGCAGCCCAGCGCGAGGCCGAGGAGCUGGAGCGCGUGCAGUGGCGGCCGCGGCCCGUGCGGGGCUGGGCCUUCCCGAAGCUGCUGUGGUACCUGGUGUUCCUGCAGCCCAUCAUCACCGAGGUGCACCUGCGGCGCAAGAACGUCAAGUUCCUCUUCAUCCGCUUCAGCGCCUGGCAGUACGCCGGCACCGACAAGCUGUGGGCCGGCCUGGUGACCACGCUGUGCGAGGGCAUCCGCCACCAGUACGGCGCGCUGCCCUUCAGCGUGUACUCGGUGCUGGGCACGAAGGCGGCCACGACGCUGGGCUUCCACCAGCGCGAGUGGCAGUGCCGGCACCGCGUAUGCCUGGCGCUGCUGGCGCUGCUGGCCGUGCUCAGCCUGGGCGUGGGGCUGCUCUACCUGUCGGUGGGCGCCCGCUCGCUGAGCCACCGCGCCACCAACAGCAGCCUGCUCCGGGUGUUCGGCGGCGCGGCCACCACGCUGUCGGGCUCCGGGCUGCUCAUGGCCGUGUACUCGGUGGGCAAGCACCUGUUCGUGAGCCAGCGCAAGAAGAUCGAGCGGCUGGUGUCGCGCGAGAAGUUCGGCAGCCAGCUGGGCUUCAUGUGCGAGGUGAAGAAGGAGGUGGAGCUGCUCACCGACUUCCUGUGCUUCCUGGAGAUCUACCAGCGACGCCGGCUGCGCGUCGUGCUCGAGGUCACCGGGCUGGACACGUGCUACCCGGAGCGCGUGGUGGGCGUGCUCAACGCCAUCAACACGCUGCUGUCCGACAGCCACGCGCCCUUCAUCUUCAUCCUGGUGGUGGACCCCAGCAUCCUGGCCGCGUGCCUCGAGAGCGCCGGCUCCAUGAAGGGCACGGCCGACAACGGCUACCUCUUCCUCAACCGCACCGUCACGCUGCCCUUCUCGGUGCCCAUCAUGGGCCGCCGCACCAAGCUGCAGUUCCUCCACGACGCCGUGCAGAGCCGCGACGACCUGCUCUAUCGCGAGAUGACGCGCAAGCUGUGGCCGCCGGGCGGGGCCGGGGCCGGGGCCGGGGGCGGCGAGGGCGCGCAGCUCCUGGAGGUGCAGACGCAGGCGGGGGGCGAGCGCGCGCAGAGCCACAUCGACGCCGAGGCGGCGCGCCGCAUCCGCGAAGCGCUCUUUUGCCUGCACGACGAGCGCGACUGCCUCUACGAGUACGUGCCCGACAACGUGGUGUCCAUGCGGCGCAUCGUCAACACCGUGCCCAUCACCGUGCGCCUGCUGCAGCAGCAGCAGGGGGACUUCGGGGGCCCCUCGCCGCGCCAGGCCGUGGCUUGGGUCGUGCUCGCCAACCAGUGGCCGUGCCGCCUCAGCUGGGCCCUGCAGUGCUUGGAGGACCGGCAGCAGGCCGGGGGCGCUCCCGAGGCCCGAGCGCGCCUGUGGGACGUGUUCUGCGACCACAGCCGGGAGCUGCACACCAUGACCAAGCCGCUGAAGAACGUGCUCGACCUGGACGGCGACCCCGAGCUUUUUGAACGCUUCCUGGGCGCCGACUUCCCCUUCACCGUGGCCGAGGCGCAGAGCCUGCUGCGCUGCACGGUCAACCUGGACCACUCCAUCCGCCGCCGCAUGAGCCUCAUCCGGGCAGUCAGCACUCUCAAGCCGCCCAGCCCGCCCAAGUCCCCCGCCCGCGACACCCCCCACACCCCCAACGGAGCCAACCACGCCCCCGGGGCAGCCCGGGCAGGCCACCCUGCAGGGCACGCCCCUGUGCAUGCCAGCGAAGCCCACCAUCCCCGGGACUGGGCUCAGGGGGGCAAGCCCAGACCCAUGGCUUGAGCGCCUUUCACUCAGGGGCAGGCCAGCCCAGGUGGGCCUUGAAUGUAAGACUUAUGGGCACAACACUUGCAUCUGCCCAGAUGAGUGUGUAGGGGGCCUGAGUGGGCUCAAGACCCAGGGGCCAGUGUCCGGAAUGGGGCCUGUGGUGCCUAUAUUUCCCAGAUGAAUCUAUGAGCCAGGGAGAGCCGAAGGCGGUGGCCACCAGGAAUGGGACAGCAUGUCAGUGUCUGAGAGCCGGGGCCAAAGGACCCAUGAGGAAAUCGGGGUUCAAGUGCAAUAAAUGAAAAUGUGA